GACACUUGCAGCUGUUUUUUUUUUUUUUUGUAAACGUCACUGUGAACAUGUGUACCACGUGUUUGUAAAUGUGGUGCUUGAUGUUACGUCACCAUUUCGAGUGGGAGUUGAAGCUUUCGAGCUGUAUGGUUUCAUUUCUUAAAUAUAGAUCGAUUUUCCGACAAAGGUCACGUUACAGUGCGAAGUAGAAGGCCUUUUUACGUUGCGUUGGAUUGUAAUUGCCUUGUUUUUGGAUUAGCAAUCGCGGUUUGAGAAGAAAUGAGCGUUGAGGCGUAUGGGCCGAGCUCGCAGACUCUAACCUUCCUGGACACCGAGGAAGCGGAGUUGCUUGGAGCAGAUACCCAGGGUUCGGAGUUUGAGUUCACCGAUUUCACCCUGCCAAGCCAGACUCAGACACAAGGGCAGACUCAGAGCCAGUUGGACAAUCAGGUAAAUGGUCCUGAUGGCGUUUUGCAAAAUGGUGACGACUCUGUCGUGAAAACAAGUCAACUUCUUGCCGAACUUAAUUUUGAAGAGGAUGAAGAGGACACAUACUACACGAAAGACCUCCCGGUGCAUGCAUGCAGCUACUGUGGCAUCCAUGACCCAGCCUGCGUGGUGUACUGUAACACAAGUAAGAAGUGGUUCUGCAAUGGACGUGGUAACACCUCCGGCAGUCAUAUUGUGAACCAUCUGGUGAGAGCUAAGUGUAAGGAAGUCACUCUGCACAAGGAUGGGCCCCUGGGUGAGACUGUGCUGGAGUGUUACAAUUGUGGAUGCCGCAACGUCUUCCUUCUCGGCUUCAUCCCAGCCAAGGCAGACUCUGUGGUGGUACUGCUGUGCAGGCAGCCCUGUGCAAGCCAGAGCAGCCUUAAGGACAUCAACUGGGACAGCUCCCAGUGGCAGCCGCUCAUCCAGGACCGCUGCUUCCUGUCCUGGCUAGUGAAGAUCCCCUCCGAGCAGGAGCAGCUCAGGGCGCGUCAGAUCACCGCCCAGCAGAUUAAUAAAUUGGAGGAGCUCUGGAAGGAAAACCCCACAGCCACGCUGGAGGACCUUGAGAAGCCCGGGGUGGACGAGGAGCCGCAGCACGUGCUCCUGCGCUACGAGGACGCCUACCAGUACCAGAACAUCUUUGGGCCGCUGGUCAAACUGGAGGCCGACUAUGACAAGAAGCUGAAAGAGUCCCAGACCCAGGAUAAUAUAACAGUCAGGUGGGACUUGGGGCUGAAUAAAAAGAGGAUUGCUUAUUUCUCCCUUCCCAAGACGGACUCAGGUGACAUGCGACUGAUGCAGGGUGAUGAGAUUUGCCUGCGCUACAAAGGAGACCUGGCUCCGCUGUGGAAGGGAAUCGGACACGUCAUCAAGGUCCCAGACAGUAUCCAUUAUGGAGAUGAGAUUGCCAUUGAGCUGAGGAGCAGUGCUGGAGCACCUGUGGAAAUUCCACACAACUUCCAGGUUGAUUUUGUCUGGAAGUCCACCUCCUUUGACAGGAUGCAGAGUGCCCUGAAGACCUUUGCUGUGGACGAGACAUCCGUGUCGGGCUACAUCUACCACAAGCUGCUAGGCCACGAGGUGGAGGACGUCAUCAUCAAGUGCCAGCUGCCCAAGCGCUUCACUGCCCAGGGUCUGCCUGACCUCAACCACUCUCAGGUCUAUGCUGUGAAGACGGUUCUGCAGCGCCCUCUCAGCCUUAUCCAGGGCCCGCCCGGCACCGGCAAAACUGUCACCUCAGCAACCAUCGUGUACCAUCUGGCCAGACAGGGCAACGGGCCUGUGCUGGUGUGUGCACCCAGUAACAUUGCGGUGGACCAGCUGACGGAGAAGAUCCACAUGUCGGGGCUAAAGGUGGUGCGUCUGUGUGCCAAGAGCAGGGAGGCCAUCGACUCGCCCGUCUCCUUCCUGGCUCUGCACAACCAGAUCCGCAACAUGGACAGCAUGCCUGAGCUUCAGAAGUUGCAGCAGCUGAAGGAUGAGACUGGAGAGUUGUCUUCCUCCGACGAGAAGCGCUACCGGGCCCUGAAACGCACCGCUGAGAGGGAGCUCCUCAUGAAUGCAGAUGUGAUCUGCUGCACGUGUGUGGGAGCAGGGGACCCGCGGCUGGCUAAGAUGCAGUUCCGCUCCAUCCUCAUCGACGAGAGCACCCAGGCCACGGAGCCCGAGUGCAUGGUGCCCGUAGUGCUGGGGGCCAAACAGCUGAUCCUGGUGGGAGACCACUGUCAGCUAGGUCCGGUGGUGAUGUGUAAGAAGGCGGCGAAGGCGGGCCUGUCCCAGUCUCUGUUUGAGCGGCUGGUGGUUCUGGGCAUCCGUCCCAUCCGCCUGCAGGUGCAGUACCGCAUGCACCCCGCCCUCAGUGCCUUCCCCUCCAACAUCUUCUACGAGGGCUCACUGCAGAACGGAGUCACCGCUGCGGACCGCAUGAAGAAGGGCUUUGACUUCCAGUGGCCACAGCCGGAUAAGCCCAUGUUUUUCUACGUGACGCAGGGCCAGGAGGAGAUCGCCAGCUCAGGAACCUCCUAUUUGAACAGGACGGAGGCGUCGAAUGUGGAGAAGAUCACCACCAGACUGCUAAAGGCAGGUGCCAAGCCUGACCAGAUUGGCAUCAUCACCCCUUACGAAGGCCAGCGCUCAUACCUGGUGCAGUACAUGCAGUUCAGUGGCUCUCUCCACACCAAACUCUACCAGGAAGUGGAGAUUGCCAGUGUUGACGCCUUCCAGGGCAGAGAGAAGGACUUCAUCAUCCUGUCCUGUGUGCGAGCCAACGAGCACCAGGGCAUCGGUUUCCUCAACGACCCGCGCCGACUCAAUGUGGCCCUCACCAGGGCCAGGUACGGCGUGAUCAUCGUGGGGAACCCGAAGGCCCUGUCCAAGCAGCCGCUGUGGAACCACCUGCUGAACUACUACAAGGAGCAGAAGGUGCUGGUGGAGGGGCCCUUGAACAACCUCAGAGAGAGCCUCAUGCAGUUCAGCAAGCCCCGCAAGCUGGUCAACACCAUCAACCCCGGCGCCCGUUUCAUGACCACAGCCAUGUAUGACGCCAGAGAGGCUAUGAUCCCAGGCUCUGUGUACGACAGGAGCAACGCUGGACGCCCGUCAAACAUGUACUUCCAGACCCAUGACCAGAUUGGCAUGAUUGGCACAGGGCCAAACCCCAUAGCUGCCAUGAACAUCCCCAUCCCCUUCAACCUGGUCAUGCCCCCCAUGCCUCCCUCCGGAUACCUGGGACAGGUCAACGGACCAGCGGCAGGCCGCGGGGCUCCGAAGGGGAAAACGGGUGGGCGUGGCGGGCGCCAGCGCAGCCGUGGGAUGGGUAACCACGGCGGCGGUCAGGCCACCAUGUCAGGCAGCCAGGCGAGCCAGGACUUGGUGUCCCAGCCGUUCUCCCAGGGCCCCCUGACGCAGGGCUACAUCACCAUGAGCCAGCCCUCGCAGAUGAGUCAGCCAGGCCUGUCCCAGCCUGAGCUCUCACAGGAUAGUUACCUAGGUGACGAGUUUAAGUCUCAGAUCGACGUGGCUUUGUCCCAGGACUCCACCUACCAAGGUGAAAGGGCAUACCAACAUGGCGGAGUGACUGGUCUGUCGCAGUACUAGAGUGUUGUUGGAGAGGGAGCUAGGCUUAUGCUGAGCUUAGUCCCUCAGCAUUUUAAAUCUGGGUAAUAAUAACUAAAGACCAACCACGGAUGCCCGUUUUCCACUGUUAUAACUGACGCACCAUGGUGUGAAAGCAACAGGAGAGAGAAACCAACCAAUCACCUGAGUGAAAAAAGAGAGAAAUCAAAAAGAAGGGGAUAGCUGGACAGGAAGAGAAAGGAGAGGGAGGAACAAAGAGGAGGAGAACCAGGCAGAGAGGGAGGGGAAACAGAGAGAGAGAGCAAGGGUGUGAAAGGGAGAAGCCGCUGCUUGCACACGACCGCUGAUAGGACGAGGAGGGGGACCCGUAGGACUCGGGGACGUGCUGUGGGAGACAGACAGACAGAGAGACAGAGGGGGCACAUCUAGGAUCCACGUGGGGGACAACAAGAUUGUACUAAAGAGAGAGAGAGCGGGAAAGAGAAAGAGAGAGUGGGAAACCGAGGAGGAAGAAGGGACCCACUCUCUUCACCUCUCUUUGGACAGGAAGCCCACCCCUGUCUCAUCCUCUUCCCCACCGCCACAACAAAUCCCACUCAUCCGCCAACCCCACCUUGACCCCUGACCCUUGCCCCUCUUGACCCCCCCCCCACCCCCCAGAAAUCUGCGAGGAGUGAGUGGCGGUCCACCAGCCUCCCUGCCUGAGCUGAGAGACAGAGAAGACUCAAGCUCUCGCACAGUAUCGCAAAAGUCCACACUUUCGCCUGCUAUGAGCUGAGAUAGACAGACAGAGAGAAAGAAAGAAAGAGAUGGAGAGAGAAAGAGACACGAGAGUGAGGGCAAAACUGCCUGAAGCAGCCCAUCUGGGGAAACUUUUCUUUUCCCGCCUCAAAGUUGAUCCGAAGUGCUUCCAGGUUCUCAUGAAGUCCAGCACACGUUUGAGGGGAUGGCGUUUGGUUUGAGGGUGCUGAAGUGAUCGAGUGUUCGAAUCUCAUCUCAAACAGUGCUGUGCUGCGCCGCGUCACUGAAGGACGAUUCAACUUUGAGGGGAGUUUUUCCACACGGAGUCUGUUGUCGCAAAAGCGGAGAGCUUGCCAGUGUGUCGCCAGCUUUCCAAACAAGUCUUUCUUUUUUAGGUGAUUCACUAAGGAAAAGGGGUAGUCUGAUAGUGGCUAUAGGGUUUUUUGUUGUUUUGUUCUUUCUUUUCUUUGUCUCGAGAUUUAAGGGGCAAAGUAAUGCGAGACAGAUUAGAUUUUUUUUUUAAGAUUGAUCAUUUUCUUUCACCAAAAUGCUGAGGCACGGAGAACCCACUUUGGCUUGCUUAUUUUUCUUUUUGUCGGAUCUCCAAAGCAGCCUUGACUUCACCACGCCACCUUUCCCAUGCCUAUGCCCACACAGUGCCCGUCGAAAUGCCAGCAUUGUUCACUUGCAGCAUCUUUUUCAAGAUCUUUCCAAUAGGUAGAGUUGUAACACACCUGAGAAAGGUACAGAAUCUGCGCCACCAGGCAGACGGUGUGACUUUUCUGUAAGUGUAUGUGAAAGUAACACGCAUGACCGUUGUGUGGACCGCUGAAUGGCGGACACUGAUGUUGAGGAUAACAUUUUGGAUGUAAACUUUUUGCGAAGUGCAGUCAAUAUGCUCUGGUUAAGGCAAUCAUGAGUUGUUUGUGUUACUGUGACAUGCAUUUGAAGGUCAUUUUUAAAAUCGCUGGUCUUCUGUUUGAAACAAACAACAAAAAAAAAAAAAACAUUCAAGCACCACUUUGUAAUUUGACAUUCUUGAAAAGAUUAUUUAAAUCCAAGACGAAUCAGUGCUUGUGACAUUUUUCUUCUUUGAAGUAAACAUUUCGGCCAACAGAUGCGAUUGACGUUUGUGACAUGAGGGGAGACUAGAAGGGACUUUUGUUUGAAACGUUUGGAUUUGUUUAGUCGCUGUUUUUGCUUUUUCCGCUCUACUUUAUAAGCCGCAGUGCUUGUAGUGAGUGAGUUUGGCCAGUAGCUUUAGUAUCUCCCAGUUGAUCCUCCUCAUUUUUAUUUAUUUUUUGCUGUGAUUUUGUAGUAGUAGAAUUGACUGCUGUUCAGAAUUCUUGAUUUUAUUCAUUUUGGCUAUCAGUAUCAUACACAGACUUGUUCACUGUUAUUAAUAAAUUGUGAUCGCCUUACAUCAUGAUAUUAUGGAACAGUCUACAAGACUUGUUUUGCAUCACCUUACUGUUUUAGUGGUCUUGUCUAAUAUCUAGAAAGUGGCAUCCAUUAUUUUGGGAAGAAUAAUCUAUCCCAUCUUUUCCCAGCCUAUGGGCUGUGCCACAUUCAUUCUAUUCAUUUGUUUUUGUGAUGGUCAUUCUAAAUCGUCCAAUAGCACUAUCAACUGUAGAACUCUCCAUUGCUAUGACCCACUGUUUAAGCAAGCAGGACUCACUUCCAUUCAGUGCUUCUGAUGGUGUUUCAUACUUCUGUGAGCUUUAUGUGUCCCAGUGACAAUCAUCACCAUCUAUUUGUGUUGAAGAUGGCUCAACAUUGCCAGAUGUAGUUGUAGUAGUGACUAUUGAAUGUGUUACAGUUUGUGUUACAGAAUGCAUUACUAUCCGCAUUGAGAUAGUAGGAUUUGAUUGGGGGGGGGGACGACAAACUAGGGUUUAACCUCAGUCCAUGUUCAUGAUACCAAAAUUAUAUAUUGAUAAAGGAUAUAGUUAUAUAUUGUAAUUGAGAGAAUGUGAGAACAAAAUCUUUAUGAAGCACUGGGAAUGUUUCUAUGUUGUGUCUUUUCCCCCAAAGUUAUCAUUUGUAGCUUUUUUUAUUUCCUCAGUGGACUUCAUUACAGAUCCUAAGCUUAAUUAGCUACAAUAAUGAUAUAAAAAGAUCAUGUGCUCAUCAAGAAAAAUGAAUUUGUUGUUAUAAUGAAAUGUUCAGCCCAGUAUGAAUAAUUUCACACGUCAGUUAUGAAACGAAGCUGGGGGUGGCCGUAACAUCUACAGCAUAUUUUAUCGUAAACAAUUACUACUCAAACGUACUCAGAGAUGUUCUAAUCCAAAUAUACCUGAAGUCUCUUAAAACCAUCAUAAACCCACCACAAAGCAUAUGUCUGACAUAAAUCCAUGGUAAUAACAAGUAGACAAGUCUACUUAUUAGAAGAAAAAGCAUUAUGUCGUUUUUACCACCUUAAGUUCUCCAUGUUGGUUAUACUCAAAGCUGAGAUUUCAUUGCAUUGCAGGAUCUUGUCACUGUAUCCCCUCAAGCUAUAUCUAAAGUGUUUAAAUAAAGGCUUAAUUUGGCUUAUGUUGAAUA